AUGGCUCAUCAACAUGAGUUGGAGUGUUCAGAAAACGACUUUUCAGUUCCUUACUGGCUUGAAGACGUAACAAAGGAAAUGAAAGAGACUCAUAUAAGCAGCAGUAGUCGAGAUACUUCAAAAAGUUAUGAAAUACCAAACAAUAAAUUAAUAAGUUCAAAAUACGAUAAUCAGGGUUUAAACCGAAGAACAUCGUUGGACACAACAAUGGAUAUAUUAAAGUCUCAGAAGCCAGUCGCAUAUUCUGCUGGUACACUACGGGACAACAAAAAUAAUGGUCAUUUUCAAAAUAGACGAAAACCAGCGCUGAACCACGACAUCGAUUGGGGUGAUGGGUCGAACGGAGUAUCCAAUGAUUUUCUCUCAGAACUGCUCCCACAUUACGUGACACCGAGACAUCAUCACAAGUCUAUGGGAAACUAUGGGCUCGAUGACGACUUCCAUGACGUCAUCACUGGCUCACGUUUUCAAGAGAAUAAAAGGAACAGAGGCAAUGUUGAACUUCAAAAACAUAACAAAGGAAACAUUCACAAAGACACGACCUCGUAUUCAAGUCAGAAUGUUCAUAGCAAAGCUUUUGCCAAUAAACAUAAACCAAAGAAAGCUGCCAGUGAUUCAGUCUCAGUUUCCAAUCAAAAUACUCAGAAGGAAAAGUCAAAGAGUGAAUUUGUUAUUCCCUCGCUUCCAAAGGGCAGAUUGUUGGAAAUCAAAAUAUAUUCCAAUUGGGGUGACAAAUAUUUUGUCGGUCUUAAUGGCGUUGAGAUGUUUGAUGCCAACGGCCAACCAGUGGGAGUUGAAAAGGUGUGGACGGAUUCUGUGACAGGCGAUCAUCGCGGGGCUUCUCGUGUAGUGGACACCGUGUCCAAUUUAGUAGACGGCGUGGUUCGUACCAGAGAUGACAAACAUACGUGGUGUGGCUCAGUACCUAGAGGGACGCCGCUAGCUAUCAGCAUACUACUUGAUACUACUACGAUACUGGCGCUACUGAGAAUAUGGAACUAUAACAAGUCCCGUAUAUACUCUACGCGUGGUGUCCGCGUGGUUCAAAUUAAACUGGACGAUCAGGUCAUCUUUCACGGGGAGAUAGCUAGGGCGUGUGGAGAAUUGAAGGGACCUCUUUCAGCAUUCGGAGAUACAAUACUCUUCACAAAAGAUUCAAGUAUUCUCGAAUUAAUACUCGCAAACGAUAAAAACUUCCAAGCUCUAUUGAAAGACAACGAACCGCUCAAAGAAAGUAACGUGGUUGAUAAACGACCACCUACCGCUGAUGGUAACAAGAACAGUGUUAGUUCACCUAAAUCUGGAGAAAUAGACUUAGAGGGAGAGAUCAAAAUUGUGGCGAAAAGAAUUAAAUUAACUUUAAUGACUAACUGGGGACAUAGCAAUCUGAUUGGGCUAGCUGGACUAGAAAUUCUUUGCAACGAAAAUCCAAUCAGGGUCCAUCGAGCUUAUUCAUACAUCUCGUAUAGCGAAGAAGAUGAAUGUGUCGGGAACUACAUGGACUGUUCAAACUUGUUUAACGGAAAGAAUAUAACGACCAACUCAGAGGACAUGUGGUGUACGAGCUUCACUCCCGGCUCACAGUGCUGUCACAUAGUGAUGGAACUACAGGAACCUACAGAAAUAACAGGUAUCCGCGUAUGGAACUACAACGCCUCCCUCCAGUUGUCGUACUGCGGCGUGCGACACAUGUCUCUGGCGGCGGGUUCUCUCGUGAGGCGCGUCUUACUGAGACGAGCGCCGGGGGACGGAGCUUACGAUCACGUGCAAUGUGUCGACUUGUAUGGACCGGACGGGUUGACUUAUAUUAUAUUUGCUAUUUUGAGCGAGUCGUCUUCUAACCCGUCUUUAUCCUGGUUGUACGGUAACCUGGAGCCAUCCGCUCCCACGGGAUUCGUUCUACAGAUCAGUAUAUUCUCAACGUGGGGCGACCCGUACUAUGUUGGAUUAACUGGUGUAGAAUUAUACGACCCCGAUGGAAAUAUGAUUGACGUGACGGAAUCAAAUGUGUGCGCACAACCCGCGAGUGUCAAUAUACUCAAGUCUAUGAGUGGGUGUCGCGAUGUACGGACACCGGCGAGACUGGUUGACGGACACAACACACGAGCAUCACACGCACACCACUCGUGGCUAGCGCCUAUACUACCACACACACUCAACAGAGUUUUUUUCGUAUUUGACGUUCCUAUUACUGUGUAUGGAAUGAAGAUUUGGAACUACGGAAAGACGCCUACGAGAGGUGUUAAGGAAUUCGGAGUCCUGAUGGAUGACCUGCUCAUCUAUACAGGUUCUUUGGAAAUGUCCCAAGGCGAAGAGUUGAAAGCGCAGUGGAUAUGCUUCCGAGACGUGGACGUUGAAAACUUGUCGCCCAGUUCGAGCGCAUCUCGCAGCACCACGAGCUGCGCGGGCGCCGACCCCGGCGGGAGGCCGCACACUUCCGUCAGGCAACAAGACAGACAAUAA